UCUCUUCCUGUUUGGAACAAGGAAAAACUCUUUAAAAUGCUUUUCAAGUUCUCGCUUAAUUUGUUCUCUUAGUUUGGGAUGCAGGGAAGUAAUUACUGUGGUUUAUUACCUUGUAAAAGAUCCAUAAAUUUUGUGCCUAUUUGGGGGAGGGAACUGCUGGAAUAGCUUUGAAAAGCUUAGUAAGAAGGAAUGGGUUUGUUUCGUCUUUCAGGAUGUACUUUUUUUUUUUUUUAAAGUUUCCUGAUAUUUUGUUUUCUAUUCCCUAGACCUCAAUCUUUUCUAGAAUUUGCUUUACACAGAUAUCAGGUUGUUAAUUAAUGACAACAUGUUAUUCUUUGAUGCUGUGCAGCUGAUACAGUGUUCUCGAUACUGUUGCUAUUUUAUCAGAUAGGAAGUAAACAGAAGAAUAGUAAAGCUGGGUUACUUUCUCAGCCAUGUAUGUCCAUAUCAUGUGUAGCUGGAUCAUUCAAGGAAUUUUCAGCUUGGUGUAUACAUGUAAUUUGCAUCUCUGCACACAGCAGAAUCACUGAGUGUAUAAAUAGUUACAGGAGUUUGAGAGAGUGUGUGAAAUUAUAUACACAUCAGUAUGUUUCCAGAGAAUUUGAAGUCUAUUUAUAUAGUGUUGUUGCACCCACAGUAACUAUUUCAUGUUAAAUAGUGAUCUAUAAUCUCUGCCCCCUCUCCCUAAAAAAAAAAAAAGUGGGUUUAGAGAGUCUUACCUACACUGAGUAGAAAAGCCACCAGAGUUAACUAAAGGGAGAAAAAUGUUAAGUGUAUUUUUGACAGAUAAAUCAGAUUGCAGUGUUUGAGUACGGCUAUAUCUAAUCAGCCAACAGCCUUGCAAAUAUUGACUAAAGCUCUAUCCUUGGCCACCUGCUCCUUCCAAGUCAACUUUCUGCCUAUUUGGGCUCUGGUGGCCUGGAUCCAAGGUCUGUGUCCCCAGCUUUACCCAUUGUGAGGUUAGGGGGGCCUGAGUGGAAGGGGAAUGGCAAUUGGAUUUUCCAGUCUGGGUCUGACUACUUAAUCAUCUUUAUUCUUGUUCUUUGGAAAUGAGCUUUAAAAUGCAUGUAGCCUGGAUUCAGCAAACUUUGGGUUUCUGAGUGAUGAAGGACUCUCACUUGCUGGUGACUUGUCCAGACCGAGGUCUCUCUUGGGGAAGGUAUUUUCACCCCAAAAGUUAAAUUUUCUCUGAUUUCCUCUCUUCUCAUCCCACCAGAUCACUCUAAGUCUUAAUGUUAAUUGUUAAACAGUAGUUGAAAUAUUAACUGGGCUGUUAAUAGCAAUGUAGAGGCUCAUGGAUUGAAGCUGAGAUGCCGCUGGGCCUCACUGGCAUUCAAGCAUUUUUCUGAAACAGUACCAAAGACUUCUCCAAUUGAUUUAUGGCCUCUGGGGUUUCUGUGCUCCAGAAUUCUGGAGGGGGCCUCUUCUGAGCUUUGAGCUGAAGCCUCUGCAGAAAUUUUGGUUAGGGGGUAGGGUUUGCUUGUAAUUCUAAAGUACUUUCAGAUUCUCUCUAGAUUCACCUGGAGAAUUCAGUGUGAAAUAUUUGGCAAGAGAGCAGAGUACAGAAUAUUUGUGGUCUGCUUUUUUGCAGUAGGGUGAUUGGACAGAAUUUUUGGAAACUGGCUUUUCAUCCUGUCAACUCCUCCCCACCCCCCACCCCCAAUAAGCCAGAAAGAUACAGGUUUUCACUUUUCCAGUUGGUGGCUUAGGUCAGAGCUGGGGAAAUUCAUGUGGAGGUUCUCUCCCAGCUAUACCACAGACAGAACUUCAUGGAAUACUGCCACCAGCUUAGGCCAGACUCACUUCCAAGGGACUAGAGUCCUCCUCUUUUAUUGCCCUUCUAAUUUGGAUACCCGCAUGACCAGGCCCCCUUCUGAGGGCCUUACAUUCUCACCAGGCCAAUUCUGUUCCCCUGCAGGAGAAAGGGGUGUGUGCAGGAAUCAUGUACAACCUCCAGCAGCUAAGUGAGCCCUCACACUUAGUGACACAUGACCAGCUGAAGACUUGCUCCAUAGAAGCAAAAGAAUAUACAGGAGGAUCUUCAUCUCAAUAGCCAAAAACUGAGACCUUGAAAGGGAGAUUUUAGAAGUAGCUCACAAGAGGAAGAAGUAUUGGCAUCAGUGGACAAGGUCACCAAGCAGAAAGCAGGACUAGAAAUGGAGGCAGGGGAUUAACUGUUUCAUCCAGGUUUCUCCUGAGAAGACUGGGUCCAGAUCUGUUUUUGCUGGUGGGCACAGGGAUGUUUUCUGGUAGGAUGAGCAGACCCAUCUGCUGGCAAGAUCCCAAGUGGUCAGGUUAAUUCAAAGGAUGCCAGUAAAGGUGGUUUUUUUUUUUUUCUUUCUCAUUUGCAGAAACAAUUAGGUCACUUCCCCUUAUAUGUUUAUCUGCCACAUCCUACACUUUCAUUUAUCACUUAACUGUACACUGAGGAAAUAAGUAAGUACAGCUGUGACCAGAGCACUGUGUCCCCCAUCUCAGAUUUUGCAAAGCCUUGACCCACCACUCAGAAGCCAAGUGAACCUCUUUCUUAGGGUGGACUCUCAUGGAGCAAAACUAACUGGUGUUGGAGAAGUGUUUUAGCCUUUUGUCAGGUCUGCGCGGGGCAGCCAUUGGCGGCGGAGUAUCACGUGACCGCGGGGGCGUGCCAAUGUGCGCCCUCACGGGUGUCAAGCCCCUGUCAGAGUGUGCGAUCAAGAUCUUGAAACAACGCGAUGCAAAAAGCGACCUACUACGACAGCUCGGCGAUCUACGGUGGCUAUCCCUACCAGGCAGCCAACGGGUUUGCUUAUAAUGCCAGCCAGCAGCCGUACCCUGCGUCCGCGGCACUUGGUGCUGAUGGCGAGUACCACCGGCCCGCCUGCUCACUCCAGUCGCCCGCCAGCGCUGGGGGCCACCCCAAGGCUCAUGAGCUGAAUGAAGUGUGUCUUCGCACCCUAAGUGGUCCACCCAGCCAGCCCCCCGGUCUGGGAGAGCCACCCCUACCCCCUCAGCAACCCCAGGCCGCGCCCCCUGCUCCACAGCAGCCUCCACCCCAGCCCCAGGCCUCUGCACCCGCCCCUGCCGUGCCCCAGCCCCCCUCCUCAGUCUCCCCAACUCAAAAUGCCAGCAGCAAUCCCGCCCAGACCAGCAGGGCCAAAAGUCCCCUGCUCAACUCACCAACAGUGUCCAAACAAAUCUUCCCUUGGAUGAAAGAGUCUCGGCAAAACACAAAGCAGAAAACCAGCGGCUCCAGCUCAGGGGAGAGCUGUGCGGGGGACAAGAGCCCGCCUGGGCCGGCAUCCUCCAAGCGGGCGCGCACGGCCUACACGAGCGCUCAGCUGGUGGAGCUGGAGAAGGAAUUUCACUUCAACCGCUACCUGUGCCGGCCACGCCGCGUGGAGAUGGCCAAUCUGCUGAACCUCACCGAGCGCCAGAUCAAGAUCUGGUUCCAGAAUCGCCGCAUGAAAUACAAGAAGGAUCAGAAGGGCAAGGGCAUGCUGACGUCGUCAGGGGGGCAGUCCCCGAGUCGCAGCCCUGUGCCCCCAGGCGCGGGCGGCUAUCUCAGCUCCAUGCAUUCUCUGGUCAACAGCGUCCCUUAUGAGCCCCAGUCGCCUCCGCCUUUCUCCAAACCCCCCCAGGGCGCCUACGGGCUGCCCACCGCAUCCUACCCCUCAUCCCUACCCAGCUGUGCGCCCCCGCCGCCCCCACAGAAGCGCUACACUGCGGCGGGGCCCGGGGCGGGGGGCACAUCCGACUACGACCCGCACGCACAUGGCCUGCAGGGCAACGGCAGCUAUGGGACCCCACACUUACAGGGAAGCCCCGUCUUCGUGGGGGGCAGCUAUGUGGAGCCCAUGAGCAACUCUGGGCCGGCUCUUUUUGGCCUAACUCACCUCCCCCACGCCUCCGCCGCCGCUGCCAUGGACUACGCGGGUGCUGGGCCGCUGGGUAGCGGCCACCAUCACGGGCCUGGGCCUGGGGAACCGCACCCCACCUACACGGACCUUACAGCCCACCAUCCUUCUCAGGGAAGAAUUCAGGAAGCCCCCAAACUCACCCACCUGUGAUGGUGGGCUCGGGGCUACGCGCCAGGAGAGUGUCCCCCCACCCCACCUUCUACAUUUGCUUUUGUGUUGUUUAAGAUUCUUACUGCCCCUCCCUUUGCUCUCUCCUUCGCCGCCGCACCCCCAUCCUCUACGCCAGUUUUGUUUUCUUUGGUAAUGCGUUUUUCUUAUAGUUUAUGUGACGUAGCAAUCUUGGUUGCUGGAAUGGCUGUCAGUAUCAGUAGCGAUAUUUAUCUCCUCCCGCCCCUCGCUGGGCCCCUGGCCCUGCACCCUCUACCUUCUCUACUCUUUGAUCAGAAACAGGGUAUAUGAACAAAUUUCCUAGCCGAGUUCUCCAAUGUGAAUUUGUUCGUACAUUAUGGCUCCCGAGGGGAAGCAAUUACUUUUAUUAUUUUUUAUUUUUAGGAUUUAUUUUUUAUUGCACUUCUUGUAAAGAGCGAGAAAAGAAAUCAAAGGCGCUUUGAAGCAGGGGCUCCCUGUGCAAGGAUGACUAAGUGUACGUCUUUCCGUGUGUGUAUGCUGGUGAACAGUCAGAUUUAUUUAUAUUUUUUGCAAGCAUUGAAUAGUCUAAGUUUUAAAUAUUAUUUAUCCCCAUCCGUUCGUAUUUAUAUUAAAGAAAUUCUGUACCCUGAUUGUUCAGAAGGGUUCUUUGGCCUUUUGUUCAACAGUGUAUUGGCGUAAAUAGAAAAAAAAUUAUUUGAAAAGGAAAGGUAAUUCCUUUAUAAACAUGGUAAUGAUGCAAUAAUACUAGAGGAUCCAGCUUUUGAAAACAGUGAUUUAGGUUUGUAACAUCCGGCGAAACUGAAAAAAAAAUCUGUAAAUGCGAAAAAUACUAGAUUUGUUGAAAGUUCUACAUUCCUUGCUGCUCACAUUCUGAGGAAAAAAACAAAAAAAUAAAAGUUUUUAUUCUGAGUAC